AAUUCUACACCUACCAGAAUGUUUACGGCAAUUAAAACAGCAUUUACCUCUAAAGGUUUAGAUAUGCCUGAAUAUACUGUGUUAAAUAAGACUGAGGAUUCAGCACCGUCACCACCAUAUGAAGAAAGACAAUAUCCUGAAACUAAAUGGGUUAGUACAAGUAUUCAGGGUAUGGUAUUAAAGGAAGCUACCAGUAAAGGUUUCCGAAGAUUAUUUAAUUAUAUUCAAGGUGCAAACAAAUCAGGUGUAAAGAUAGAGAUGACAUCACCAGUGCCAACUAAGGUAGUACCAGGGGCAGGUCCCAAUUGUGAAAAUACCUUUACUGUUUCCUUCUUUAUACCUCCUGAAAAUGCAGCUAACCCUCCUGAACCAACAGAUAAAGAUGUUUUUAUUGAUUCAUGGCCAGCUCAGACUAUUUAUGCAAGAACAUUUGGUGGUUUUGCUAAGGAUGAUGAUUGGUUAACUAACAGUCAAGAAUUAGCUAAAGAUCUAAAAGAUAAACCUUUAAAUCAAUCCUAUUGGUUUACUGCUGGUUAUGAUAGUCCGUUUAAAAUGUUCAGUAGAAGAAAUGAGGUGUGGUAUGUUAAAGCUGAAAAUAGUGAACAAUGAAAUGGUAUAUCCUAAUCAAGACAAUAUUAAUGAACAUUGUGAAAGUCUAAAACUGUGGUACAAUGAUAAACUGUAGCCUAGGGAUAAGUUUUUGUUGAAGUAACUAUUUGUUAUUGAAGAUGAAGAGAUUAUAUUAUCUUAUUUAGACUCUCAGGGGAAGAAAAACAAACAGGGCUAAAUCAAACAUUUAAAGACUAAUAGUAAAUUUAAAAGGGAGUAUCCAAACAAUUUUCAGCUUUUCAUUGUCCAGUCAAU